AUGGCGUCCAGCACGACCAUGCCUUACACGUGCUUGACGAUCGCCGAGUGGCGUCCCGAUGGCUGGAGCGGCCCCACGCCCUUCCUUGGUAGGUUCGUAGAGAAACCUGUCUGCGAUCACCUUUCAGCAAAGUUCAAAUUCGAAAACCAUUCCACGGGCCCAUAUGCGGCCAUCCAUUUGGAAGUGGUUCCAAACACCGUCUCGGAUAAGUACGACCGCGUUUCCCCCGACCAGACUAUCAGUGUCGUCAUCACUGCCGAUAAUAUCAACUCGAUCUCUCAGGAUGAUCCGGGCGUGGAGUAUUUGUCGCCCUGGGUCACGUCGCAGUACAGCAAGUACGAGGCGCGCAUGAACAAGCAGGGAAUCUCCAGCACCCACUUGAAGCAGGCGAUCCGCCUGCGCCUCACUCUGAAGAGAGCGCCCAUUGUUCUCAUGCCUCUGCAUGUGCGCUCCCUUACUUGUUCCAAGGAUAUGAGACGUCUACAGAUACUGAAGUCGUUCUCCACAAUGACCUCAUUCGUACUUUUCUUCGUCAGGUCAGACCGAAUGAUCAACAAUCUGCGCCAAUUUCGCACUGGAAGCAAGGAAAACAUCCUCCAUGGUGGCCCUGCUGCUGUGUUCAACAACCGAACUCACUUCAGCUUCAGCGGACCUGAUGAGGCUCAUUGGAACCGGUACCGCGUCCGGCAAGAUGCCAUCGCGCCUUUAGGACAGAAAAGGUCACUUCAGGACAAUCAUGGCAACUCACCGACGAGUGAAGGUAGUCAUGGCGUCAAGCGUACCAAGCAUGAUAGUACACCUGCAUAUGGUCCUGGCUUGCUCUGGACCCGCCAGUCUGAGCCGCCGAUGCCAAAUCCUCACUUUGGUCAGACUGUCCCUCAGUCUGUCUUCACCUCUGGUACAGCAACUCUGGAGAACACGCAAGCCAAAACUUCUGAUGUGCCGAAUACAGACUCAAAUUCUGAGAGUGCACCCAACAUCUUCAACCGCAACCAAGCUUCUUUUAUGUCUUCCGGAGUUCUUCCUUUCCGUAGUCGAGCCUCGAGUGUCACGGAUCACAUUACUCGUAGAGACAAGCAAGUCUCCACUUCCGCCAGUAUGGAGCCCUUCGAAACGCCGAUCACGAAGCUACAGAUCAAAGGUGAUCCCGCAAGCUCCAGCGACAGCCCAAAGCCGCCUACGGCCGCAAACAACUAUCCAGCAUCAUUGGUCCCUGGUAGCACCUCUAGUGGACUUGAGGAUGAUCGCUGGAAGCAGUAUCAAGUUGAAACCAGCGGUAUCACCGACUCGGAGCAAGCCCCGACAGUCUCAAAGAAGAAGAAGAAGAAGUCGCAUCCGCCUCGAAGGAGAUAUCGGCCUGGACAUGGCGAGGACGGAAAUGACCCCAAGCGUACUGGAGAGGAUGGCUUCGCUAACGGUAGUUCGACUGUGGUAUCGCACGUUGAAGCUGGACACGUCCUCCCUAGCCACACCAGCUUUUGCCCAGUCCUCCACUCUAGCAGCGCUGCAAACAGCUCCUCAGUCAUUGCCACUGGCACUCAAGCUCAGUCUACGCUUGCCUUAACCUAUCCGCACAUUGGUCCCGACGAGAUGGUCAAGCGCUGGCGUGCAUACCAUGACUGGACUCUGCUCAGCUGUGCGAACUUCGGGCUUGACACUAUGCUUGAUAUUCAAGGACUUCUCAGCAGCAGCCUGCGUGCGGCGAGGGCGGGAGAUGUGACCACGUUCGCAGACAAGUUGGCGGACAUCUUCAUGCUAGUUGAUGAAAACAAAGACGAACAUCAGGGCUGA